UCCAAAGGCUUCGCCAGGGUCACAGACAUGGGGCUGUGGCUAGGAUUGUGGGAACUUUAUCUUUCUUUUCACUUCCCACACCCCGGAUACUUUGCAUUUCCCAUGCUAAUAUUAGCACUGCCAUAACAGUAUUGCGUGUGCUGAGCUGAUGGGUUUAGCUAAAGCCGUGUUUGGGGUCCAUGGGUGGUGGCUGACACAUUGCAGACUGCGUAGCUGAAUUAGAACUAAUAGCUGUAUGUAUUCAGCUGAUGUGUGAUAGUAAUAAUUAACUGUUCUUUGUGCUGGGUGUUGUUUAUUGCACCAGCGUAGCACUGGAGACUCCUGAAAGGACACGUAUCAUUAUUAUAUAGUGCUACAGCUCCACCCAGCUGAAUGGCACAAAAUGGGACUUGUUCAUUAUCUAGAUCUCUGCUUAAAAUAACUCCCAAACUUGGAGGAGAUGAGAAAAGUCUUUUGACCUUCAUUGUUUUAGCACAUACAUAUCUAAAAAGCCUUCUUCAGUCUCAAUAGUCGAGCAAAGAGCUGAAGCUCACAGUUACAUUUGAACAUGUAAUGGAUGAAUGUUGCAUGUAGACUUCAUUAUGACUAUUCCCACUCAGAAUUGUGUCUUCCAGACCCCUCCUCAACCAGUUUAGUGCUUAACUAAUGUCAAUGAUGUAGGGAUUUUUAUUAUUCUGCUUAACCUAGUCAUGCUUUCUUUGGGGGUUGUAUAGAUGACUGGUCCAAUGUGUCACUUUAAAGGAGGAAGAGAUACGGGACAUCUCCAAGCAACUAGAAAUGACUGCAGAGACCAUUCACCUCUUGAGGAAAGAUCUCGGAAUAUACAUCUCAGAUCAAAAGCCAGAUUACUAAAGAUUUCUGUUGCGUGAAGGAAUAUGUUGAAAGACAGGAGAGAAACACUGAUGUUCAUUGAACAAGAGCAAAAAGCAGCUCAACAGAAAACUGAAAAGCCUGUUUACCGGCUCUGUGUCGAAGGGAACAAGCUCACAGACAUCAAAGCCCAAACAGGGGAGUUGAUAGGACUUUUGAUCUCACAUAAGUAUAUGAAUACUUCACAAUCACAGCCCAGAAUAGGAAAGUAAUGGUUUCCAGCUACCCAACUGAUUAUGAACCAUCACCCAACAGAUUCUGCAUCAGCCAAGUGAUGUGUUCAAAGAGCUUCUCUACUGGGUGCCACUACUGGGAAGCAGUUACCAAGGACAGUGAUGGAUAGGCUGUUGGAGUUGCUCAUGAAAUGAUUGGUAGAAGGGACAAAUUAGGAAAAAACAGAGCAUUCUUGGUGUGUGGGACAGCUAGAUCCCAAAAAGCAGCUGUCGGCAUGGCAUUGGGAUCAAGAAACAUUAUUACACAAGGAUAAACCAUUGAAGGUUGGAGUUUUCCUCCAGUUUCUUUCCAACAAAAGAAGACCGUUUUGUUUUACUCCAUCACUGACAAAUUGAUUUUGCAUACUUUUGAAAUCAGUGCCUCAAAUCCUCUUUACCCUGCUUUCUGGCUAUAGAGUCUAGAAGAAAAUGUAUCUUUAUGUCACACAAACAGGAGAUAAAGCCUGUUCAGAAAAGUGACAAGUUUGCUUAUGACUGCAGAGCUCCUCCACAAGCUUCAGGAAUUUACUAAGGAGCAUGCAGCUGCCCAGGCUUUCCUGGAAAUCAGUAACUGAUACUUUGUCUGCUCUGUUUGUCUUCACACUGUGCUCUGAUCUAGCCAUACUUCGUUAAAGCGAUUUCAGUGUAUGCUAAAGGUAGUAACCAUCCCUGUGGGAGUGAGGUGGAUUUCUUAAGCAGCUUUGAGUAGUCUCAGGAUAUUCAUAGGAAGGAAUGCACCAAGGAAGCUCUGAGGUUAGGGAUAAGCCCUUCCCAUGAACCUCAUUUUCCUACAUUGAUCCAAAAAGUUGCAGGAGAGCAUAUGAUGACAUUACAUUCUGUUGAGUAAGCUUUCUUUAGAAAGAUCUGAUUGAGUAAGGGAUGUUCAGAAGGCAAGAAUGUUACUGAUCUCGUGCACGAAAAUCUUUCUGUUUAGAGUAGGUACUAAACUACAGGAAAUAGGUUUGGUAUAUGAGGACCUGACACUUCAGGCAGGUGUCCCAGAAGAACAUCAUCUCACUGGCACCAUGUUUUAGUCUUGUCCAGACCAAAGGGUUGUCAGUCCUGGUGGUGGUGUGACCACGGGAAUGGUUUUGGAAGCAGAUGUUUUCAAAUGUGUGUGUACUGGCUAAUAAAUAAUGUGGUCACUUUACUGCUUUUUUAAAGAGCCAGCGAACAGGACAGUGUCACAGAAAGGACCAUCUUUUCUUGCCAGGGAGCCUAAGGAAACAAGAGGUUCUGUGAGUUUCCUUGCCGUCAUCUGUUGCAUCUUUCUAGCUGUGGGGAGGUCUCUGCUGCCUGUGUGGGGUGAAGGGGCCGGAGCUGAGAUCCUGCAAAACACACUGACAGCUGAAUUCCUGAGAGGACCACUGCUUCACGCAGGCAGGCUGAAAACAGAGUUCCCAAAAAGAGAAAGCUUUUUCAGGAAGACAUUGUCAUUCCAGAACGAACAAAAUAAGAAGUUUAAUGUGAAUAAAGCACAUGGGAUUGAACCAGCUGAUUUAGCCAAACUGAGCUCCAUGGCUUUUAAAGUCAUUGAUGGAACUGCUGGUGGUCUUCAAGGUUAGUUUUCCGUCACUGGACACUCUGAAAGCACUUUGGACUAAAUGUGUCAGCAGGACCAGGGGUAGCUUGGCCAGCCUUGCCAACUGUGUAGAGCACAGCUAGUGCUGCUGCCUCUCCUCAGGACAGAGGGGGUCCCAUCCUGGUCCAGAUGGAAAGAGAAGAACGACCGCAUGAUGAACUCGUUGGGCACCUCUGAUUUUUCGCAUUACCAGCUGCGCCGCGCUGCCCAGGAGCAGCCGUGAGUUACGGUUUGGAUCACAAAUCACCUCGCAGCUCGGAAGGGAGCGCGCUGCCUCGCUGCUGUUGCAACACUGCAGCCGGCACCGCUUCCUCACAGCUGGUGAGCGCCGCCCCGUGGCUCCGCACUAGCGGCAGAAAGCGGCGGUGCCGCCGUGCGAGGGCAGCCCGGAACGCCACUCCCGGCCCGGGCCGCCGCUCCGCCGCCUGCCCCCCUCUCGCUCCCGGCCGGGCCCGGACGGACGGCGGCGCCAAUCGCCUCAGGGGGGCGCGCGCCGCCAGCCCCCCCCGCGCAGCCGCACGCAGGCGCGCGCGGGCCGCCGCCGCCUGGCCUGUCCCUCGCGCGCCGCCGUAGAGCGCCCGCUUGGCGGCGGGGAGGAGGCGGCGCGGGGGGGGCCGCGGCGUGAGGGGCGCGCAGGCCGCAGCGGCUCCGCAUCCCCCGCCGAACCCCAUGUGAGCCGCCCCCGCGCCGGGGCCAGGGAGCGGGGCCAUGAAGAAGGACGUGCGGAUCCUGCUCGUGGGAGAACCCAGAGUUGGGAAGACAUCACUAAUUAUGUCCCUUGUCAGUGAAGAAUUUCCAGAAGAGGUUCCACCACGAGCUGAAGAAAUCACUAUUCCAGCUGAUGUCACACCUGAAAGAGUGCCAACCCAUAUAGUGGAUUAUUCAGAAGCAGAGCAAAGUGAUGAGCAGCUUUACCAUGAAAUAUCACAGGCAAAUGUGAUAUGUAUAGUAUAUGCUGUUAACAACAAGAAUUCUAUUGAUAAGGUAACAAGUCGAUGGAUUCCUCUCAUCAAUGAAAGGACAGACAAAGAUAGCAGGCUGCCUCUUAUAUUAGUUGGAAACAAGUCUGAUCUAGUGGAAUAUAGCAGUAUGGAAACUAUCCUUCCCAUUAUGAAUCAAUAUACAGAGAUAGAAACGUGUGUAGAGUGUUCAGCCAAAAACUUGAAGAAUAUAUCUGAGCUAUUUUAUUAUGCACAGAAAGCUGUUCUGCAUCCUACAGGUCCUCUUUAUUGCCCAGAGGAGAAAGAGAUGAAACCUGCCUGUAUUAAAGCACUCACUUGCAUUUUUAGAAUUUCUGAUCAGGAUAAUGAUGGUACUCUCAAUGAUGCAGAGCUCAACUUCUUUCAGAGAAUUUGUUUUAAUACACCACUGGCACCUCAGGCUUUGGAAGAUGUUAAGAAUGUAGUCAGGAAAAACCUAAGUGAUGGAGUUGCAGAUAAUGGAUUAACAUUAAAAGGUUUUCUUUUUCUACACACACUUUUCAUUCAGCGAGGAAGGCAUGAAACAACUUGGACUGUUUUACGUCGCUUUGGAUAUGAUGAUGACUUAGAGCUUACGCCAGAGUACUUGUUUCCUCCGCUAAAAAUUCCUCCAGACUGCACAACCGAAUUAAAUCAUCAUGCAUACUUGUUUCUUCAAAGUAUUUUUGAUAAACAUGAUUUGGAUAGAGAUUGUGCUUUGUCUCCUGAUGAAUUGAAAGAUUUGUUCAAAGUAUUCCCUUAUAUGCCAUGGGGACCUGAUGUUAACAACACUGUUUGUACAAAUGAAAGGGGAUGGAUUACAUACCAAGGGUUUCUCUCUCAGUGGACACUAACCACAUACUUAGAUGUACAGCGUUGCCUGGAAUACCUGGGUUAUUUAGGCUACUCGAUACUUGCAGAGCAAGAGUCUCAAGCAUCAGCAAUUACAGUGACAAGAGAUAAAAAGAUAGAUCUCCAGAAAAAACAGACUCAGAGAAAUGUUUUCCGAUGCAAUGUUGUUGGAAUGAAAGGCUGUGGGAAAAGUGGAGUUCUUCAGGCUCUCCUUGGAAGAAAUCUAAUGAGACAGAGGCAAAUACGUGCAGAACACAAAUCUUACUAUGCCAUUAAUACAGUUUAUGUAUACGGGCAGGAAAAGUACUUGCUGCUACAUGAUGUCAGUGACUCUGAAUUUUUAACUGAUGCUGAGACCAUAUGCGAUGCUGUCUGCCUGGUAUAUGAUGUCAGUAACCCUAAGUCCUUUGAGUACUGUGCCAGGAUUUUUAAGCAGCACUUCAUGGAUAGCAGAAUACCGUGCUUAGUGGUAGCUGCAAAGUCCGACUUGCAUGAAGUUAGACAGGAAUACAGUAUUUCUCCUGCUGAAUUCUGCAAAAAACACAAAAUGCCUCCACCUCAAGCCUUUACUUGUAAUACUGUUGAUAUGCCGAGUAAGGAUAUCUUUGUUAAACUGACAACUAUGGCAAUGUAUCCCCAUGCCCGGUUACGCUGUAUGUGCGCCUGCAACAGGUGUACAUUUUGCAUCUGUCAGAACUUCCUCAACUCAGACUUGCUGCAAUCUGUAAAGAACAAACUCUUCACUGCAGUUCUUAACAGGUUAAGAUCCUACAUAGAUGAGUUGGGGGCCAUGCUGUUAGCAGACGAGGAGAGCAGUAUUAUGCAGCAGGUGCACGCCGUCAACUCUGUAGAAGAUUCCAUCUUCAUGGAGUCAUCUCUUGGUCCACGUUUACUUGAAGACAGGCAUGUGACACAAGCGGACCUCAAGAGUUCUACAUUUUGGCUCCGAGCAAGUUUUGGUGCUACUGUCUUUGCAGUUUUGGGUUUUGCUAUGUACAAAGCAUUAUUAAAGCAACGAUGAUCUGAGAAGAAGCACAUCUGGCCCUACCAAAUAAAAAUCCCAAACUUUUAUGUACAUUCUGAAUGCUUUAAAUUCUGCUAGAAAUAUUUAUAUAUGCAGAGUUACUUUAUUAAUAUUUGUAAUUCAUGCAUAAGAUUAUUUUAAAUUAUAGCUCUAACUACAGUAUUGCAUAAUGCGUGGGGAAAAAAUUGCAUCUUAACAGCCAGCUAAAAUGGCUUGACUUGUGAGGCCAAAAGGGAAUUUGUUGUAAAUAACCUGUACAUAUUAAAGCAGUAAGACAUUGCUUCCCAACAAGCUGUUCAAAAUACUGUUCUUAGAUGUUUCAUCAUGGUGACACACUAGUGUAUAGUUGAAGUUCAUUUUCGGUAGAGAGUAGGUUUAACUCGAGGAUCAUACUUCCUCAAGGAUUGCUUAUUUAUUUACAUUGAUCUGAAGUGACUUCAUCUUUUUUGGACUAUAAGCUACACCAGGCAGAAUUUGUGAUUUUCAUUCUCAUCUAUUCUUUUUAACUCAUGAACAAAUUUCCUCACUAAUUACGUAUUUCAAGACAAAGUCACUGUUGCCAUCCUGGCCUAUGAUUUUGUAUGUUACAUGACCAGUGACAUAUUUAGCAUUCUGAUUUUUCUUUUAAAAGGAAACCAUAAACUUCAAAACCUGCCAGAUCAACUUCAUAUGCUGUAUGUAAUUUGUGUUUUUCAGUUUCCACUAUGUUGUUUUAUAACCCUUACAAAUCAGAUAAGCAAAUUUGUAUAUUAUAAAUGUUUAUAAUUUGAAAAGUGUUGCCGUUUAAUUUCUCACAUCUGUCAAUCAUACCUGCUGAAAGCUGUGUAUAAGAUAAAAAUAAAAUAGUACACAGUGCCUAUUCUACUGUAGUAUGUUAGUUGCAUGGAUCACAGUGCAUUCUGUAACUGGCUAAAUUACCUAUAGACACAGCUUUUUUAAUGAUCAAUAAGUCAAAUAUUAUUUCCUCAUGACAAACCUAUUUUUCCAUUGCUGGCCUUUUCAAGUAUUUCAAUAAAAUAACUGUGUACUGUG